UACUGCCAUUAAUUCUGUUCAAACUACAUUGACCUGUUAGAUUUCCUGAUGCAAAUUGAUACUGAUAUCCUGGAAUAUCACAUUAGUUUAUGAGGAUGAAUCACUGAAGAUAUCUGCAAUAAAACCUAACAAAGCAGGAGCUUUAACUCACUGGCCAAUGUAUGUUUUUUUACAUAUUAGGAUAGAUGGGUGUACUUAAUUGUCCUUGCUAAAUGAUGUCAAAAGGAUCUAGUUGGACUUAAUGGAUCAAGAAAGGCCUUUAUGACUUUACAGUGUAUCAAGAUGUAAAGGGCUCAUCAGGCAUCGAGUGCAGAGGAUUCUAGUAACUUCAGAUAGUAUUCUGGCUACUUAAUUUAUGGAUGUAAAUACUAAUUAUAACAAUCUGGUCUUUUUAGUCAUUUGGAUAGAACUAAAUACUCAUCAAGAUAGUUGCUAGUAUUAAGAUUUGUCAUGGGUGAUCACUAUCACCAGAAUAGUAUGGUGCUUGAAGCUUCUAAUGCAUACAUUUUCCUUGGUCAAAACCAGAUGGGUCUACCUUAUUUCUGAUGGUUUGGAUUUCAAUUGUUAGAGUCAGUGCUGUCAUGGUAAUUGCAGUGGAAACCCUGGCCCAUGAUGAUUUGGUCAUAGAAGGCCCCAAAUUAUAUCGGCUAACACUUCUCAGCUCCGAUGUGGGGCUUUUCUUAGUGGUAUGUAUCAUUCGCAAGAGUCUGCGGAUUUUCAAGAUAUCUGAAAGUGAACUAUACUAGUGUGUUUAAUGGGCUGCUAUUGCUCGAAGAAAGCUAAAACACCAGGGUAUGAGGAUCCUACCAUUCUUGCUGCAGGAACACCUUGUGAUUACUGUCAGUGAAGUAGAAGCCUUAUAUGUGCUUUAUAAGAAAGUGAGCAGUUCAAUAACUGAUGAUGGGCUCAUUCACAAGCAGGAAGAAUUCCAGUUUGCACUCUUCAGGAAUAAAAAUAAAAGAAAUCUCUUUGCAGACAGGAUUUUUGAUUUAUUUGAUUUGAAGCGCAAUGGGGUUAUUGAUUUUGAAGAAUUUGUUCGAUCAUUGGGUGUCUUUCAUCCAAAUGCGCCUAUAGAAGACAAAAUCACAUUUGCUUUUAAACUGUAUGACCUAAGGCAAACAGGAUAUAUUGAGCGAGAGGAGUUGAAGGAGAUGGUGUUGGCACUUUUGCAUGAAUCAGAUUUGGUACUUUCUGAUGAUGUGGUUGAAACAAUCGUGGAUAAGACAUUUAACGAUGCGGAUUCAAAAGGUGAUGGAAAAAUUGAUCAAGAAGAGUGGAAGGAAUUUGUCUUGAAGAAUCCAUCUCUGAUAAAAAACAUGACUCUGCCAUAUUUAAUGGAUAUAACCCUAGCAUUUCCAAGCUUCGUGGUAAGUUCUGAAGUUGAAGAUUCAGAAAUAUAAGACCUAUAACUCCAUAAAGAAGGUAUCAAAGAUCCCAUGUCCCAUGAUGGUAAAAUAUUUUGAAUUACCUUUUCUGUGAUGGACUGCGGACUUUGGAACGUCAUCGUCGUUAAGCACUGUCCAAUAACUAGAAGAAGAAGAGUUUGCAAUCCCAUGAAGGACAGCCAGAGCCUAAACUAAAAGUUAAAACUCCCUCCACAAGCAGCACUUUACCUUUGCCAUCUUCAAAUACUUAACAUGGUGGGGGGUUGGUAGUGGCAUAUUGUGUUUUGUGUAUAGGUUUCAUGCAUGUAGAUGGAUCGGUUCCUACCUUUUGAUAAAUUUUAUGUUAGUUCAGUAAGGGAGAGUGUACUAAAUGCUUCUUGUCGUUUUGAUGAAGUAUAGUUUUCCAACCCCAUGUUUGUUCCAACAUGUAUCCCAGAUGAUAAAAAGGCAAUCAUAUGCUGCUGCAGACUGCAGUGCUGCUUGCAUUACAAAACUCAUCUUCUACUCCUUGGCUCCACCCAAAUUUUAAGGACAAUGAGUUCUUAUUUAAUAUGGUUUAAUUUA